AUGCAGACUGUUUCUACAAACAUUUGUGAAAGACUGUGCAAUAAGUCCAUCUGUGAAAUUUCCUUGCUACUAAAUAUUCCACAGUCAACUGUUAAUGGUAUUAUAACAAAGUGGAAAACUGGGAACAACAGCAACUCCGCCACGAAGUGGUAGGCCACAUAAAAUGACAGAGCGGGGCCAACUGUCUGCAAAGUCAAUAGCUAAAGACCUCCAAACUUCAUGUGGCCUUCAGAUUAGCAAAACAACAGUGUGUAGAGAGCUUCAUGGAAUGGGUUUCCAUGGCCGAGCAGCUGCAUCCAAGCCUUACAU